AUGGGACCACCUACCACGUUGUUUCAUUUCGAGAACGAUUUGAUUGGCGAUUUCGCCUCUGUAGAACAACUCCACUGGAUCCCUAGCGAUAGCGAGGCGACGAAGAAAAGCGGCAUGAUAUAA